UUGGAAAUAAUUUUCUUUUUUCCUUUUAAUGAGUAAUAACGCUUYCGUUUCAUGCUUUGGUUGUCCUUCUUGAAGUUCGAUGGUCGGAGGAUAACGUCCGGCCUCUAGCACUGUAUCGUUAUACAAUUACUCAUUUUAUGACAACAAUAAUAUGAUAUAAUUACCUAUUUUACCAACUUAUACUAUUUAAGUUUUAUCCAAGCAUAACGAAGAUGAAAAGGCAGUUUUUUAAGGUUAAGCAAUUUGCAGACCAAACAUUUUCUAGGUCUGGUAAAACUGAAGCUCUUUCGGAUACAUUACAAACAGCUGAAAAACGAGUUGAAUUUAUUAAAAAUGCUUGUCAGAAUACUACAAAAAAAUUAUUAGCCACACUAAUAUCACCUGGACUUGGUCAUGACGCUCCUGCACGUGAAAAACGACUUAAAAAAAUGCCUGAUUAUUUGCUAGCUAUGGCAAUGCUUGAUAAUGGUUCUAAUGAAGAAGAUAAUUUAUUAAGACAAGUAUUAGUGGAAUGUAGCAAAGUACAAAUAUGUUUAGCUAAUGCAGGUGUAGAUUAUGAAUCACGUAUUGAACAAACAGUGCUUAGUAAGCUACAACAAAUUCUUGAUAUAGAUGUGCCAAAUAUUAUAAAGCAAAAACGAUUGCUUACUAAAUUGGUGCUUGAUAUGGAUUUAGCUCGAGCAAAAUAUCAAGGAGUCUUAAAAAACUCUAACUCUGGUAGUUCUCAUACUAAUAAAGUAGAUGCAGUUAAAGAAGAAUUAGAAGACAUAGAAUUGAAAGUCGAACAAUGCAAAGACUCUUUGGCAUCAGAAAUAUUUCAAUUAAUUUCACGAGAAGCAGAACUUUCAUCUGUUCUUAUGGAAUUAAUAAAACAUCAACGUUCUUACCAUCAAACUGCAUUAGCGAUUUUAGAUGAAAUAGUUCCUGAAUUAGAAACUGUUAUAGAUAGUAACCCUUCAAAGCCAGUUUUUGGUCAAAAACUUGAAGACCAUUUAAGAGUUACAAAAAGACGAAUAGCCUACCCAAUUGAACUAUGUAUUUGUGCUUUAUUGGAAAUGGGUGUGGAAGAAGAAGGAUUAUUUCGAAUUGCAGCUGGUGCUUCUAAAGUACGAUGUAUGAAACUCAGAUUAGAUUCUAAUUGUCUAGAUUUAGAAUCAGCAGUUGAAUACAGAGAUCCUCACAUAAUAGCUGGUGUUUUAAAAUCUUAUUUGAGACAGUUACCUGAACCUCUAUUAACUCAUCAUUUGUAUGAAGAAUGGAUGGCUGCAGCUAAACUACAAACUAGUGAAAGUAGACUUCAGGCAAUCCUAAAUGUUGUUCAAAAGUUACCUCAAUCAAAUUUAUAUAACUUACGAUAUAUAAUUAAAUUUUUGGCCUUGUUGACUAAACAUCAAGAUGUAAAUAAAAUGAGUCCACAAAAUUUGGCUAUAGUCAUUGCACCUAAUCUUUUAUGGACACCUGAAGAUAAAAAUGAUAAUAUAGGGUUAAAUAUGAACGCAGCUGCAUGUCAUAAUAUUAUUGUAGACUGUCUAAUUUCCCAUUCAGAUUGGAUUUUUCCUGGGGAAGAAGAGUUUUAUGUCACAUUAAAGGUAUUGGACAUGAAUGAUUUUAAUGGCCAUAAAAGAUCAAGUAGUGGAGAUACGCAAUUGAUAUAUACAAAUGAUACUUUUGAUACAAAUUUGAAACGAAGUAGAUCUAGUACUAAUAUUACUGACAUGAGCCCUCCAUCAGAGAGCCCAAAACCGCACACAAGAGGACGUAAAAGUAAACCUGCUCCUGUUCCACCAUCACCAACAAUAAAGACAAACAACAUAUUUGAAAGUCCUCSAGUCACUAUAAAAGACCAAGAUAAAGCAAACUGUGAUAAACCUCCACCUGGUUCCUUAAUGAAACCUAGUCAAACUACCGAAUCUCCUAGAGAAAAGUUACCAGCUGUUGAUACAGGUUCUUUAAAACGCCCUGUUAAGCCUGCAGUUGCUCCACGCACAAUACUUGAAACAUCUGAUGAUUCAGUUUUCCGUAAACCUGCCAUACCUGAACGACCAGCAUCUUUACAAAGACCAUUAAGUUCUUCAUUUAGGAGUCUUAAAAUAUUAACAGAUGUUUCUAAUGAUAAAGUAGAUGUGGAUCAAGGGCCUAUGUUAGAAAGAGCACAUCUGUAUACUGUGUCUAAACAACAAGUUUCAUUGAUACAAGUUGGUGAUCAAUGUGAUGAUAAAGAAAUUAACCAAAAUCAACAAACUGAUAUCAUGGAUAUGUAUUAUACAAACCAAGAAAGUCAAAAUGAUGACAAUGGUGGGUAUAUAAGUCCAAAUUUUUCUAGUCACAGUCACAGUCAUAUACCAUCAGACAUCCAAUCUGGACAAUUGCCAGCAUCAAAAACUCCAACAAGAACUCAGCGACCCAUACCUCCACCACCUCCACCUCCAGUUUUAACUACAAAAAAAGAACCUGAAAGUACAGAUUUAUAGCGUUGGAAAAGUAAUAGAAAGUUAAAAUUUGUUUUAUUUCCUUAUUAAUACAUUGACCAAAGAAACAGAAUAAGGUUUUUUGAGCUCAAUUUCACUGACGAAAGAAGCAUUUAAUAAUUUCUAUUUUGUGACCUUUGCCUACCAUUAUUUAUUUAUUUAUUUAUUAAUUAAUUAAUUUUUA